AUGACCUACACUUUAACCAUCUUGGGAUGCGGCGUAAUGGGCCAAGCCAUUUUAUCUGCGAUUUACAACGCACCUGCUGCAGAUGCUGACGUUAAACAUUUUUAUCCAUCGAAGAUUAUUACUUGCAACCACAACAAAGCUGCGGCUGACCAAGUUACCCAAUUGGUUAGCGGAUUCGGUAAAUCAGCUAACGGAAUUGAAGUCGAGUCUACUUUUGACCAAAACAAGCCUGCCGUCGAGGAAGCAGAUGUCAUCGUUCUAGCCACGAAGCCAUUUUUGGCCAAACAGGUGCUCGACGGAGUGGCCGCGGAAAUCAAGGGGAAGUUGAUUAUUUCUCUAGCUGCCGGUUGGACUAUUGGGCAAUUGCAGGGGUACACUGACUUUGUGUCCCGUGUCAUGACGAACACACCAGCAAAAUUUGGUUACGGUAUGGCCGUAAUCGCUCAUUCUCCAGAAGUUUCAGAUGAAAAGAAAGCUCUUGUUGGAGAGCUAAUCGGCCAUGUCGGUAAGUGCAUUGAGCUACCUGAAAAAAACAUGGAUGCUGCUACAGCUCUUGUUGGAUCUGGUCCUGCCUUUGUGUUGUUGAUGCUUGAAUCUCUUAUGGAGAGUGGCAUCAAGAUGGGAAUUCCCCUCAAGGAAAGCAGAGAGUGCGCCAUUAAAGUUUUGGAAGGAACCGCAAAGAUGGUCGAAAUCACUGGCGAACAUCCAAGUGUCUUGAAACACCAAGUUUGUACUCCAGGCGGUACGACCAUUGCCGGGCUGUGCGUCAUGGAAGACAAGGGUGUGAGAAGCGGUAUUAUAAAGGGUGUCGAAGAAGCAGCCGAAGUAGCCGCUCGUCUUGGCAAGAAAUAA